AUGGCGGACUCGCUCGAUUCCCCGAUGAAGAAGUUAGACCUAGAAGGCAAAAACUUUGGCCCUGCAACCUUCGAUGCUCUCCUCGCAGACGAAGAGGAUGGCAAGAUGGAGAACUUCCAACCUCGGAAACAAGCUCCUCAGAGUGCCCAAGAGUUGCUAACAGAGCUUGAAAAUGAGUUUUUAACUCCAUCAGACCAAUUUAGCACGAAAUGGUUGAACACUCUCCAGAAACGAUGGGACGUUUCGACGGAUUAUGCAGACCUUUUCCAACUCGCCCCAACCCAAACACGGACGGUGACCCGGUUCACGCGAGAGGGAUUGGAAGGACGAGUUACUGGAUACCAGGAAGUCACGGUCCCUGCUGCAAGCGCAACAGCCAAGAAUUCCACAUCGCUUCUCCGCCGACCUGCUGGCCGUGCUGACUUUGUCAGAGGUGCUGCAGGCUUUUUCCCGUUCGCUCCCGGGGGUUUGGAUGCUAUCGAGGCCUUGGCAGCAAUGGAGGCCGAUGCUCAGUCCACCGAGCAAACGAGCAAUGGGAAGCAAUCUGGGCUUGAUCGCAUCAUCAACUUUGGCAGUGAAGGAGGCCUUCUAAAGAUACCCCCUGGUUUCGAUAACGGGAUCGAUUUCGAUGAAGCCAAAUCCAAAGACGCCACUGAGGGUGCUCAAGAGGUCGAAACCGCCCUUCUUCAAGAGGAAAGCGACCUGAAAUUAGACCGACCUGAGGAAACUGCGGAUGUCGACACAGGAGCAAAGGCGGACCUUGAUUAUGUUAGCGACGACGAAGAUGAAGAAGACAUCGAUGCUUUGCUACCAGUUGAGUUCCCAGCAUUGGAACCACGUAGCCAGUUGCUUUCAGGCGUCCGCAAGCAAAAAGGUAGAGAAUGGGCCCACGUUGUCGACGUCAACAAGGAUAUUCCAAACUUCAAUGAAUUGGUACCCGACAUGGCCAGAGAGUGGCCUUUCGAGCUCGACACUUUCCAGAAGGAGGCUGUUUACCAUCUUGAGAAUGGCGAUUCCGUGUUUGUUGCGGCCCAUACCUCGGCAGGCAAGACAGUUGUGGCCGAAUAUGCAAUCGCCUUGGCUGCUAAACACAUGACCAAAGCGAUUUAUACAUCUCCCAUCAAAGCGCUGAGCAACCAGAAAUACCGUGAUUUCAGAGCUGAAUUCGAUGAUGUCGGUAUUUUGACCGGUGAUGUUCAAAUCAACCCGGAAGCCAGCUGUCUCAUCAUGACCACUGAGAUCUUGCGAAGUAUGCUGUACCGAGGCGCCGAUCUCAUCCGGGACGUUGAAUUCGUCAUUUUUGACGAGGUGCAUUAUGUGAACGAUCUCGAACGAGGAGUGGUAUGGGAAGAAGUCAUCAUUAUGCUUCCAGAGCAUGUCACGUUGAUUCUUCUCUCUGCCACUGUGCCCAAUACCCGGGAGUUUGCAUCCUGGGUGGGCCGUACAAAGAAAAAGGACAUUUAUGUGAUUUCAACCCAUAAGCGACCUGUCCCGCUGGAGCACUAUCUCUGGGCCGGGAAGAGCAAACACAAGAUUGUUGAUUCUAACAAGAGAUUCCUGGAGAUCGGCUGGAAGGAAGCAGAUGAUAUUCUGUCCGGCAAAGAUAAGGCCAAGGCCAAAAAGGAGGCUGAAGCUCAGGCACAGUCGGCGCAAGCUAGAGCACCAACAGGCCCUCGAGGACGCGGUCAGCCAGCGAAUAACAGAGGUGGCCGCGGCGGCCGCGGCGGCCCACAGCGUGGAGGUCCGCAAAGAGGUCGGGGACAGAGCGGCGGUCAGUAUUCCAACCGAGGAACGGGCAACAUUGCUCGUACGGGUCGUGGUGGUGGUCGUACAAGUGCUGCUCAAGACAAAAACACCUGGGUGCACCUCGUCUCGCAUCUUCGCAAAGAAGAUUUGCUGCCGGGAUGUGUCUUCGUUUUCUCCAAGAAACGAUGCGAGGAGAACGCAGAUUCGCUGUCAAACCAAGAUUUUAGCAAUGCUAACGAAAAGAGUUUGACCCACAUGUUCAUCGAGAAAUCACUCACCCGGUUGAAGCCUGAGGACCGCACGCUACCGCAAAUUCUUCGCCUUCGCGAGCUACUAAGCAGAGGCAUCGCUGUACAUCAUGGCGGUCUCCUUCCCAUUAUGAAGGAAGUGGUUGAGAUUCUCUUUGCUAGGUCUCUGGUGAAGGUUCUGUUCGCCACAGAAACCUUCGCGAUGGGUCUGAAUCUUCCCACCCGAACUGUGGUAUUCUCUGGGUUCCGUAAGCACGACGGCAAAAACUUCCGUGACCUCCUGCCUGGUGAAUAUACGCAAAUGGCUGGACGUGCUGGUCGUAGAGGUCUUGACACGGUGGGAUAUGUUAUCGUGACAAACAGCGGGAAAGAUGAGGCCCCAUCUGCUGCGUCGCUCAAACAGAUGAUACUUGGAGACCCAACAAAACUCAGGUCUCAAUUCCGACUCACAUACAAUAUGAUACUAAAUCUGUUGCGUGUGGAAGCCCUGAAAAUCGAGGAAAUGAUCAAGCGAAGUUUCAGUGAAAAUGCAACACAAGCUCUCUUACCUGAACACGAGAAGCAAGUUCAGGUAUCUGAGGCCAGUCUUGCAAAAAUCAAACGGGCACCAUGUGAGAUCUGUGACCUGGAUUUGCUGGCGUGCCAUAACGCCGCCAUGGAGUAUCGAAAACUCACAGCUGAAUUCCAUACCGAACUGCUAUCAUCGCCUGUCGGCAAGCGUCUUUUCACAAUGAAGAGGCUGGUUGUGUACCGCAAGGAUGGGAUCCGUACUGCUGGUGUUAUUACGCGCGACGGAGUUUCCGCGGGGAUUGUUGGGGCCGUGCCCUGUAUUCAAGUGCUUGAGAUCGGAACACUGAGUAGCAAACGACACCCUACCGAUAUUCUUCCAUUCCUUCCUAUGUUCCGACCCUAUUUCCAGUCACUUCCCACGCGCGUCGAUGACAUGAGCCUUCGAGUGUGCAAGGUCCCACUAUCCGAUCUCGAGUGCGUGACAAACACCCAGGUUAAGAUCACAAAACCAAUGUGGUAUUUGAACAUUAAGAAAGAGUCCGUCAAGUGGGCAGAAAGAGAAUUGUGCCAAUUCACUACCUCUUGGAUCGAUACUGCCUGGGACGAAAUUGACUGGCAACGUAUCAAAGAGAUGGAAAUCCGCGAUAUCCUUGACAAAAGACAAAUCCAAGCAGAAAUUUCUCAGUCAUGCCACUGUCUACAAUGCCCUGAUUUCGUGAAUCAUUUUGAGAUGCAACACGACGAAUGGCAAGUUAAAGAAAACAUCUCGGAGCUGAAGCAACUGAUGUCCGACCAAAACCUUCAACUACUUCCGGAUUAUGAGCAGCGCAUUCACGUGCUGAGGGAGCUCGGCUUUGUUGACGAACACUCUCGUGUACAGCUGAAGGGCAAAGUGGCAUGCGAGAUUCACUCCGCCGACGAGCUGGUACUGACCGAAUUGGUUCUCGAGAACGUUCUUGCUGAAUACGAGCCGGAGGAGAUUGUUGCACUCCUAUCCGCAUUUGUCUUCCAGGAGAAGACAGAAAGCACACCCACCCUCACUCCUCGUCUGGAGAAGGGUCAGAAGGAAAUCAUUCGUAUCGCUGAGAAAGUGAAUGAUUUCCAGAUCCUGCAUCAAGUCAUUCAGUCCAGUGAAGAUUCCAACGACUUCGCCAGCAAGCCACGUUUUGGUCUCGCUGAAGUUGUUUAUGAGUGGGCCAAGGGGAUGUCUUUCAAUCGCAUCACAGACCUCACGGACGUGAUGGAGGGUACUAUUGUUCGGGUGAUCACCCGACUGGACGAGACUUGUCGCGAAGUAAAGAAUGCGGCCAAAUUGGUCGGUGACCCAACACUUUACACUAAGAUGCAGCAAGCUCAGGAGUUGAUCAAACGGGAUGUCAUCUUCGCGGCCUCUCUUUACAUGUGA